GAUCUCGAUGGCCUCGGCAUGCCAACAGCUCCGCCUCACAGCCACCAAGUGAAAGUAGGAUUUUGCUUUCUACCUGUGGCCAGUGACAAACGCGCCGUUCUCGCGAACGUCUCUCGUUUUUACCAAGAAGAUGCGUUUAGUCCGUCGAUAACGGACCACGUCGUGCUCGAAUUAAAUCACCGGCCCCGACAUAACGCGUCCGUUACGAUGACAGUGUUCCACUGACGGGCGGCCAAGUUGCCUCGAAAUCCUGCGAUAAAGUGCGCGGUGUGAAAGACAGUGCUAACAUGUCCAGACGUGGUGGCUGCGAUAUCUGGCAUGUCAACGCGACCAUCGCGUUCCUGCUCUUCGGUUACUUCUUGCAAACGAACUGUCAACAAGAAACAGCCGAGUCCUGGGACAAAUUCUCCCGUCUGAUCCCAACGAAUUCCGUGUACGAGCAGCAGGAUCAAAAUGGUUCCCCCGUGGCCAGCAAUCCAGCAGAGACAUUAUCGCGUUCUCUGGAUGAAAAUAACGUGAUGGGUACAUGGAAAACGAGUUCGAAAAAUGACGAACACGAACAGGAAACAGAUGAGGUUUACGAAGACGAGUACGAAGUCGAAGAGAGUGCUAAAGUGGAGCACUCGGAGAACUCGAAGCUCUCUAAACUCAGCGACGACGCAGAGAGGAGCGACAUAUCGUCCUCUUCGAGUAUCAAAAUGGAGGAAGGGUCCAGAGACGAAGAUUACGUCGAAGAUCCGUCGACGAGUCAAUACGACGCGUAUUAUUACUACGACGACUACGAAGGCAAUAAUCACUCUCGAUCUGAGGCUGUAGUGCACGCCGACACGCUGGACUACCCCGACGGCGACGAAGAAGAGAAAGAAAAAUCCCCCAACAACCAACCCGCCCCUAUCUCCCCAGAAGCCCACGAAAACUCCCAGCCCAAGCAAAGCCCAGACACCCUUCACAAACCCCCCGCAAACGAUACCUCGGAUCUCCUCGAAGACACGGACCUGGAUACUCCGAUCUCGUCAACGAACGCCGAAGAAGGUUCAUCGAUGGAGGGCAGCGACAAAACCUUCACUUUCGUUGGAUCUCCAAACACGAGACCGAACUCUUCAUUAUCUGACAGUUCCAUCUUGAUCGGAGAGGCUGUGGUGUCCGUAGUAACGACGAAGAGCGUUGUAAACGGCACCAUAUCAAUUCCGACGACCUCCGCGCCGACCACGACCGAACAAGUCGCCGCACCGCCGUCCUCCACUUUCGGAACAACGGAACAGCCGUUGACAACCGUGACAACGGAGGACACCUCGAAAAUCCUGGCUUCCGUCCAGACGAGUCGUAGCAUAUCGGGUGCAAGGUUUUUACCGUUUCCGGUGAUCGAUCGCAUCGAACCGAUCGGGGAGAAGAAAACCUCGCCAGCUCCGGAAUCUACGGAGAGCAUUAUUGACAAGCUGGACAGGGUGCAGUCCGAGUUGAGCAGCGGAAUCUUGGCUGGAGGAUUCAGAACGGCUGGCAAUUCUCUUCAGUUGGACGUUCUGAGCGACAGGGAUCGGGGUACUCGAAGAAGGUACACUACUACUGCGAAGACACCGGUUAUUAGCAAGUUUGUACCGAGGAGGUACAAUGACAAGAGGACUGAUCAUGGAAGUGCGACACCAAAACCGAGGAUCGAGACGACGUUGGACAGUUUGGAGGGACUGCUGCCGAGGGAUUAUCUUGUGAGGGGUGGAUCCACUUCUACGCCGUCCAAGACUGGUUUCAGAUGGCCGACGAAGAGCACAACUUCAACAGAAGCAACAACAACCCAAGUCACCUCUACCUCUGUCUCUACCACGAGAAAACCCAAAACCAACGUAGUCGUUCAAGACAUCAGUGCUUUCUUACCACCGGGCUACAAAUUGAAGAAAGAGGACGUGACGACUGAGAACACAUUGUUACGCGAUAUUCUUUCAAAAUCCAAGGUCGAUAUUUCGUCGUUAUUGCCACCGGACUACAACAAGAAAAGUAACGAAGGAAAGAACGAAUCGACUACAACCACGACACCGAAGAGCGUUCCCUCAGAAAAAUCUUCACCUGUGAAAAGUAUUCAAGAUCUGUUCUCCAAGUCCACCUUUGAUAUUUCUUCUCUGCUGCCGCGUGAUUACGAUCAGAAGAAGAAAAAUGUGUCUUCAGGAACGAAAGACGUUGAAAUACACAAAGAGAGUUCUACUGAAUCUAAUGUUUCAGUUGCGACCGAAGAAUCCGUUUUACCCACGACGCAGAAACCUGGUGGUUUGAAGAUCGUGUUUCCGAGCAGACCAGGAGGACGAAAACCUAUAUACAAAAUUACUACUCCACAAAGUCCGAGAGCUGAUGCUCCUGGUGCUGUUACGCCGAAAAUUCAGAAGGGCUGGCCCACCAGAGCGACCACUGAAUUUACAGGAUGGCCAACUCCAUCGACAACGCCAAUUUCUAUAGAAAAAUUGCUGGAAGCUGCAAGAACUGCAACGAUAUCGUCCGUGAAUGCAUCGAUUAUUCCAACAACGGAGGCGACAUCGAGCACCUCUACGACGUCGACAACAACUACAACACCUAGACCAACGACUCCAGGAGUUUGCGAAGAGGAAUGCGAAGUUGCUGGAACUAUAAAGAUCAUCGGCAAUGCAACCUGGGUGCCAGAGUUGCUCGAUCGAAAUACUCACGAAUGGCAAAAUCUUGCUAAUGAAAUUGAGAAAGAGAUGAAUUUCAUAUUCUCAAAGUCUGCUGUCCUGGCAAAAUGGUACAAGAAAAUAAGAAUUGAUUCGUUCAGCGAGGGUAGUAUUUUAGUGGAUUACUUUAUUGAAUUAUCAGAUUUGGAACAGAAGGUUAAUACUCAGGAGUUGAAAGUUAUUUUCCAUGACUCUUUGCGUACGUACAAUACAAAUAGAUGGAAUGAGACCAAAACAAAGGGUUCGAUAAAACUUGGGUCAUUUUCCAUUGAUCCAAAAUAUACAGAUUUUGUAGUAAUACCUAAAGCAUCUACUCCUCAAUUCGCCGAAAAAGAUGACAAAUUAAUUCCGCAAUGGACAAUUGCUGUAAUCGUUAUUGGAGUUGGUGGAUUGCUCUUUAUUACUAUAUUUGGCGUUUCUGUUUUAAUCAAUCGUCACAAUGCUUCAAAAUUAAAACCAUCUAUAUCCACCAUUUACGAGGAGGAAGUAGCGAAAAAUAUAACAUCUAGGUCUAGUGAUUAUUCGAAACCAGUGCAUACAAUUUGGACAGAUCCAGACGUUUCAUGGAACGACAAAUCUUUCGAAUCAACUUCCAACAAGGUACUCGUUGAAAAAUCAUUUCAAGACAACAAAAAAUACAAUAUGUACGACAGCUGGCGAUCGGAAUGGAACGGAUAUUAUUGUAACGGAUCUCACACCAGCAGUAAAUAUGGCGGUUAUGAUAGCACGACGAAUUUAUCGAGUCGUCAUCAUCCUGAUUAUGACACAAAUUUCUGAAUUCGGCGAUAAUAAAAUAAAAUUUUUAUCAGCUCUA